ACACAAAACCACAUGGUUUGGUUGGUGCUACUCCAGCCUUUCUCUGCGUGUCCAAUUUUUCAACACUUAUUUAUUUGUGGUGGUGGUGGUAUUGCAUAAUUUCGACCCUGCUAAUUCUCACACCCUUCGAAUUGCAAAUUCUUGAUUUAACUUGUUCUUUGGGGUGUUAUAGAGUAUAAAAUAUAGUGUGAAAAAUCAUGGCCGCUUUGCUAAAGAGAGGUGUGGAUUCCCUUAAGUCUAAGGAGUUUAGGGACUACUUAAUGAGCACCCAUUUCUGGGGUCCUGUUGCAAAUUGGGGAAUUCCUUUGGCAGCCAUCGCAGACACCCAGAAACAUCCCAAAUUCAUCAGCGGAAAGAUGACCACAGCGCUCUGCCUGUACUCGUUAAUAUUUAUGCGUUUCGCGUGGAAGGUCCAACCCAGAAAUCUGCUCCUCCUCGCCUGUCAUAUAACAAAUGAAUGCGCCCAGCUAACCCAGGGGGCUCGAUUCAUCCAGUACGAGUACAUGGGGGGCAAGGAAAAAGAUCCCGAAACCGUCCUGACCACCACUACGUCUUCUAGUCAACCACAACCACAAAAAUAGUUGUCAAAAAUAUAAUAAAAAUAUAAUAUCUCAUGAUAUGCAAAACUGAUAGAGAUUAAAAAUGACGUUACUAUUACAUUCUAGCAGAA